UCCCCCCCCGUUCAACGAUUAUCACGACGAUGAAAGAUGUUCGAUGUGUAACGCGACAAAAAUACAUCAAAAAGUUCACAGUUCAUAUUUUUUUCUUAUGGUUUUCACGUGUUUUUAUUUUGCAUAAAUAAAUGCUUUAUAAUCCUACGCUUCUUUGGCUAUGGUUGCGAGAAAAUUUUAUAUUGUUUGCAUUCUUCAUAUGCUGAAUGUUUUGUAUUCACAACAAACCACAAGUGACCCUUACAAUUUAUCUCUUUAUACGACAAAUGGAAGCAAUGCUACCAAAGAUCUUCCAAAAACACACCUUCCAAUAUCAACAACAGAAGAACCCCCAGUAUCUACUGAAGUUGAACAUGAAAAAUCCAUGGAAAUCUUUUUUAUGUUACUUGUUGUUGGCUUGUGUAUCUUUGUCAUAUUCUCUCUCAUCAAACACAAUUUUAAAUAUCUACCUGAGAGUGUCGCAGUGGUUUUUUUGGGUGCAUUGGUUGGUUUGAUCACUAAAUUUUUAAAUCACAUACAUGUGGCUAAUUGGAUGCAAGAAGAAGAGUUAGAUCCGACCACAUUCUUUCUCAUUCUUCUUCCACCUAUAAUAUUUGAAUCGGGCUAUUCUUUGCACAAGGGUAACUUUUUUGCAAAUCUUGGCACUAUUGUUCUGUUUGCUGUGUUUGGUACAGCUCUCUCCGCCAUUGUUGUUGGAGGGGGUAUCUAUGUUUUGGGCAAGGCUAGUAUUAUUUAUAAACUCAGUUUGGUUGAAAGUUUUGCGUUUGGUUCAAUGAUCUCUGCAGUUGAUCCUGUUGCAACUUUGGCAAUAUUCCAUGCACUUGACGUAGAUCCAACACUAAAUAUGUUAGUAUUUGGUGAAAGUGUUCUUAAUGAUGCAGUUUCUAUUGUGAUGACAAACACUGUUGUUGGUGAAGCAGGAAAAAGCUCAAGUCUACUGUCCAUUUUGGGUCAUUUUUUCACUAUGUUUCUUGGUUCGGCAUUAAUUGGAAUAAUAUUUGCUCUCAUUUCUGCCCUCUUACUUAAACAUGUCCAUCUAAGACGUCAUCCGUCCUUGGAACUAUCCUUGAUUUUGAUAUUUUCUUAUGCACCUUACGGUCUGGCCGAGGGACUUAAACUUUCAGGUAUUAUGGCAAUACUUUUCUGUGGCAUCGUUAUGUCGCAUUAUACGCACUUGAAUCUCUCAUCACAAACUCAAAUCACGAUUCAACAAAUCUUUCGUGCAAUCGCAUUCAUGACAGAAACCUGUAUCUUUGCCUAUCUUGGUAUGGCAAUAUUCUGUUUAAAACACAAUUUCAAACCUGCAUUUGUAGGCUGGAGUAUUGUUCUUUGUCUUUUUGGUCGUGCCGUGAAUAUUUUUCCUCUCUCCAUUGUUGCUAACUUAUUUCGUUCUGUGAAGAUCAGUCGGAAAACGCAAUGUAUUAUGUGGUUUAGUGGUCUUCGUGGUGCUGUGGCGUUUGCAUUGAGUACACAACUCCAGUUUGAUGCGGAACAUAGAUCAGUUCUGAUUACAUCCACUUUAAUCAUUGUCCUAUUCACUAUUCUUGUGUUAGGUGGAUCAACUCUUCCACUUCUAAAGUGUCUUCGAGCACAAAGAAAUAUUCGCGAUGAUUAUGCCUUGUCUCUAAGCAAGACUGAAGCGGAGGACAAAGCUUGGGAUUCGGAACAAAUUACCGACGAUGAAUGGAAGUCUACAAAGCGGGCAUUGACUGGAUUUGCAAAAUUAGAUGCUAGAUACUUUAUUCCUUUCUUCACAAUCAACUUUACUAGUACUGUUGAUCGAACAAGGUCGCCUGAUACAGAAACAAUAAAUUUGUAUCGCAGUGACGGCAGCGAUGAAAGUGAACUGGAGAUCAACCAAAUGAUUGAUUCAGCACGUCUAUGAUUUAAUGAUGUCCAUAAUUAUACCAAGGAAGAGAUUUAUGUAUAGUUUACUGUAUUACUCUGUUGUUCAAUCUAAAUUUUUAGUAAGAUUAUUGUAACAAAGAUGAUGUUACAAUAUAAUAAUAAUUAUUGCAUUAAUUUACAUUUUGAACAGUUGAAAAUUGUUCUAUUGUAGAAAGAAAUGAUGUCUAUUGUGAAUAAUGCUGUGAAUUAUGUUGUGAAGUAUUGUUAUAAUAUAUUUAUUGGAUUGAAACAAAACGAUAAAAUGUAA